GCAAAAAACACUUCAAAGAAUGCAUCAACUUUAUCCACUGCUGCCGCCUCGACGGGGGUAACUGCCUUGUGCACUGCUUUGCAGGAAUAUCUCGAAGUACCACCAUUGUGAUCGCCUAUGUGAUGACUGUGACUGGACUCGGCUGGCGGGAAGUACUUGAAGCCAUCAAGGCCACCCGGCCCAUUGCCAACCCAAACCCAGGCUUUAGGCAGCAGCUUGAAGAGUUUGGCUGGGGAAGCUCCCAGAAGCUUCGCCGGCAGCUGGAGGAACGCUUCGGGGAGAGCCCGUUCCGGGACGAAGAGGACUUGCGCACGCUGCUGCCUCUCUGCAGGCGUUGUCGCCAGGGCUCGGCGACCACCGCGGCUACUUUGGUCACAGCGUCUCGGCUUCCGAGGGGACCCUACAGCGCCUGGUGGCCGCGAUCGCCGCGGGACGCCCCCCGGCCGCUGACGUGCUGA